UUCAUUUAUGCUACACAGUGAAAAAAUUGUUCUCAUCCGUGCCCCACAUCUAGCGAACAAAUUUGAGGAAUCGAAUGUUAAGUUCGAGGGAUCAUCUGAAUCUGACUUGAGUGCGUUCAUUAAAGAGAAUUUCCAUGGUUUGGUCGGCCAUCGUACACAGGACUCUGUACGUGAUUUCAAAAAUCCACUUAUUGUUGCUUACUAUUCUGUUGACUACGUUAAGAAUGCCAAGGGUACGAAUUAUUGGCGCAAUCGUGUUCUCAAAGUGGCAAAAGAGUUCUCCAACAAAGCUACAUUCGCUGUUAGUGCNAUUUUUGUUUAAAA